UGUACAUUUUCCCGAAUCUCCCUUAUCCCCUCCUUUGACUUUAUCUCUCUCAUCAGUGGAAUAUAGUUGAGGACCGGCUUAUGCACACGAACUAAGAAGAGAAGAGAGAACACAAGAUGAGAGCUUGUCACAGUAGAACCAGCAUUGCUAUUAUCAUCUUUCUCUUAUCCAAUCUUUCUCCCUCAACUCUCUCCGAAUCUUCUCCGAAAUGCAAAGCUUGGCUCGUCCAAUCAAUCCCCACCGACAUGCCCCACCUCCGUCAGGUCCCCGGCGUCCUCUCCACCGCCGAUGUGUUCCGAUGGUUGGCCGGGAAUUCUUCUCAUCGUCUGGACAUAAUCGCACAGUACUGGCAAUUAGUGGCGACGCCAAAAGAUCUUCGUUCUGGCGAUUACGGAUACUCCAAGAAGGAUAUGCAGAGAUUCGGAGCUAACGAUGGCGCUCGUGUUUAUAAAGCCCUAGAGAAAGCCGCUGAUCACAAUGUUACUAUCAGGUUACUGUCACACUCAGGAGUGUAUCCUGAUUUUAGCAAAGAACCAUCCGACCUCGCUUCAGGAAGGCCAAAUGUAAAGAACGUGACUUUGUUGCUUGAUCAAUGGUGGGGAUCAGGCAUAGUUCACGCCAAAGUAUGGAUUUCGGAUCAUCGAAAUGUGUAUAUUGGAUCCGCAAACAAUGACUGGAAAUCUCUUACUCAGGUGAAAGAGCUUGGAAUUUAUCUUGUUGGUUGUUCAAAAAUAGCGAAAAAGGUCAAGGUGUACUUUGACAACCUAUGGACGCUUGCGUCUCUCAACUCUUCAGCCCUCACUCGAACGAUAUCAGAUCAACAGUGGCAGGUUGAUAGACAAGUUCCUUGUUGGUCACAUUUCAUUGAGACUGACCUGAGGUGUAGGACACCUUUUCCUCCAGUUGUGGAAAUUCCCCAUGUAGUUGGAUAUCCUAUAUUAUAUGACCCUGUCAUGUUCAAAUUACUAAUUCAGACUCCCGGACGCAACUAUUCAACUUCGCAGCCUCAGCCAAGCUAUCUAUCUUUUGCUCCUCCAGAGCUAUCAUUUGGCAGGUACCAGACUGAUGAACAGGGAUGGUUGGACACUAUUAGAUCUGUUGGGAGCAAAGAGACUUUGAGGAUAAGUACCAUGGACUGGCUUGGUCAGUCCGAAUUCCCGAAGCAAACAGUUUACUGGUCAUCCCUUUCUUCUGCAGUAUCAGAGGUUGUGUUCGGAAAGCAUGCGAAAGUGAAGAUAUUGGUAGCAUACUGGGCACAUUCCAUAGACAACACAGAUCAGUACCUAAAGUCUCUCCUCUACUCCAACGUUCUCUGCUCUUCUUCCAAGUACAACAAGUGUUCUGGAAAAGUGGAGAUCAGAUACUACGUUGUCCCAGGUUUCAACUCGACGGGACCCGCCAUUAGCCACAAAAAGAAGACUGGAAAUUCUUACCCUGCUUAUACCAGGGUCAACCAUGGAAAGUAUGCGGUUAGCGAUGUCCGAGCCCACAUUGGGACGAGCAAUCUUGUGUGGGAUUACUUCUACACAACAGCAGGUGUGAGUUUUGGUACUUACAAUCCUGCCAUUGUUUAUCAACUUCAAGAAGUUUUUGAGGCUGACUGGAAUUCCCCAUAUGCCGUGCCUGUUGAAAAGUUUGAGGAAGGUCGUUCCUGUACAAGCUGAUUUAAUAUUAUUUGAGUUUACAAGCAAUAAUAUAUGUAAAUAAUUUAGCUGAAUAAUAUGCUCUUUGAAUGAACAUUUUUUUUUUUUUUUUUGGGGAUAAGAGAA